AUGACUGCUCUCGGGGAAGCGGAUUGGUUGGAAAAGCAUUAUUUGCGCUCGAAACUGAUCUGCCAGAAUCUCGUAUCCGGCAGUAAGAUACUUUCGAGUCAACAAAAUUGUGGCGCUAAUAUAAAAGAAGAUUUGAUAGCAGAGCAGCACGGUAGUGUCAACUUGGGUGGCGAAGUGCAACAAACGAGUGGAAUCGUUCAAGAGUUCUGUGGAAAGAUGUACACCGUGAAAUCAAUCAUGUUGAGAAUGAUAACCUUUCUCGUGGUCCUGAUCGUCUGUGUCGCGGCUGCUCCUGCAGCUGACGAUGGUAGUGCGAAAAUUCUGACCGAAGAAAACAUCCUGGAUCCGGAGGGUAAAUUCAGUUGGAAGUUCUCCACCAGUAAUGGCAUUCAGGCAGAGGAAAGCGGCCAGGGAGGUGAAUCGGUAGAGGGUUCAGCAUCCUGGGUUGGUGAUGACGGAGUGCCUAUCGUGCUGACCUACACCGCCGAUGAGAACGGGUUCCAUCCACAGGGGGCCCAUCUGCCAACGCCUCCACCAAUUCCGGACUAUAUUUUGAAGGCACUGCGAUACAUCGAAGCUCGGCAGCUUCAAAGGGCAGCCGACGAACAGAAGUGA